UUAGAGGGGCGGGCUUCGGGUCAUUCCCUGUUGGGGGCUUGCACAGCUGUGCCUCUGAACCCAGCUGGGUGCCUAAUUAGGUGUGCGGGAACCUGGAUUAGGCGGCUGCCUAGGGUACCCCUAGCGUGGAAAGCGCAGAAGGGCUCUGGAGAAGCCUGGACAGCCCCUCUCUCCUGCAGCCAGGUGCUAGGGUUGGGAGCCACCGAGGCCAAAGUGAGAGUCCAGCCGUCUUCCAGCGCCUGGGCCACGGCGGCGGCCCUGGGAGCCGAGGUGGAGCGACCCCAUUAUGCUAAAGAUGAAAGGCUGGGGUUGGCUGGCACUGCUUCUGGGAGCCCUGCUGGGAACUGCUUCAGCUCGAAGGAGCCAGGAUCUACACUGUGGAGCUUGCAGGGCUCUGGUGGAUGAACUAGAGUGGGAAAUUGCUCAGGUGGAUCCCAAGAAGACCAUUCAGAUGGGAUCUUUCCGGAUUAAUCCAGAUGGCAGCCAGUCAGUGGUGGAGGUACCUUAUGCCCGCUCAGAGGCCCACCUCACAGAGCUGCUAGAGGAGGUAUGUGACCGCAUGAAGGAAUAUGGGGAACAGAUUGAUCCAUCCACCCACCGCAAGAACUACGUUCGUGUUGUGGGCCGGAAUGGAGAAUCCAGUGAACUGGACCUACAAGGCAUCCGAAUUGAUUCAGAUAUCAGUGGCACACUCAAGUUUGCGUGUGAGAGCAUUGUGGAGGAAUAUGAGGAUGAACUUAUUGAAUUCUUUUCCCGAGAGGCUGACAAUGUUAAAGACAAACUUUGCAGUAAGCGAACAGAUCUAUGUGACCAUGCCCUUCACAUAUCUCAUGAUGAGCUAUGAACCACUGGAGCAGCCCAGACCAGCUUGAUGGAUCACCCCACAAGGGGAAGAUGGUGGCAUUGCCUUUUAUAUUAUGUUUUUAUGGAAAUGAACUGAAAAAAAUAUGAAACCCAAAGUUCAAA